UUUCAAGAUGGAGAAGAGCGUAUUUUAGUUUUAAAAGAUUCAUCUAUACUUGAAAAUGAAGGUAAUAAUUUAUAUGCGAUCCUUUUUUUAUUUUGUAAAAUCGAAAAUGCAAAACUAAAAAAAAUCUUUACAGAGGAUGGAGAUCAAUUGGUUUCAAUACAACUAGAGGAACAGCAAAGACUUAAAAAGAACUUAGAAAACAAAAAGAAAAAACCAGUUUAUACUGGCUAUGACGAUGAAGAAUUUAAUUUUGGGGGUGGCGUAACUAAAAAAAGCAUUUUAGCACAUUACGAUGAAGAAAUAGAGAAAAAUAAACGACCUGGAUUUAUGCUAAAUAAUGAUGGCACGGUUAAAUUGAGUGAAGAUGAUAUACGAAACCAAGUAUCGGAAAAAUUAAAGUCAAAUGCUAUUUCUCUGACUUUUGAUAAAAUGAAAGAGAUUCAGGAUUAUUACACUAAAGAAGAAGCAGAGGUUACUUUCAAGAAGCCUAAAGUCAAAAAGAAGAAAAAAGUCAGACAGAAGGCUAUAACUGAUGAUUCAUUGGUAGAGGAAAACAAAACAAAUGACCCCGAUGCUAUGGAAGUAGAAUCAACUUCAUCCAAUACAACCAUACAAGUUAGAAGACGAGAAAAUCUGGAUGAUGUGAGCUUUGUUGAUGACGAUGAUCUCCAACAAGCUCUAGCUAGAGCGAGAAAAAUGGCUGCAAAAAAAGUAGCAAAAGCUUCUGUAGAAGAAAUUGCAAGAACUUGUGUGCAUCUCUUCAAAUAUUUUAAAACACAGGAAGAAGACGAUGAUGGGCCUGAUAAUGGAUUGGUGAUAUCAGAUACAUCAGAAUUUGUUCGAUCUCUGGCAAUAGCUUCAACAGUAACAAAACUUACAGAAGCUGAAAGUCUAACACCCGAUAAUCGACUUAAUGAUCAACUUGAAGAUGAAAAACCGGAAGAAGCUGAGACUAACGAUGUUGCAAUGGAAGAGGCUGUUGAAGAAGACGAAAAUGGUGGCUGGAAGACAGCUGGUCAAGUUGAAGACCAGGAUAUGGCCAACGUUAAUGAGGAACCAAAACUAGUUGGUGUAGUCGAAGAAGAACCAUUGGUUAGUACCGGAAUGGCAGCGACAUUAGCUCUCUUGCAACAAAAAGAGCGUAUUCAAAAAGAGAGACAAAAAUGGCUUGCUGAACAACGCAGAAGGGAUCUUGAAAGGCAAACUGAAAGGGAACGCGAAAAACAGAGAGCUAAAGAAAAGGGCUACCGUGGAGGAGGGGGUGGACGAGAUAGUGACAGUAGUUAUCGUGAUCGUGAGCAUCUUAGAGAAAUGGAAGCGAGAUUUAAGGAUUAUAAGCCAGAUAUCAAUUUAGAGUAUGUUGAUGAAUUUGGCAAUCAAUUAACACCUAAGGAGAAGCGUCUCAAGAAACUUGAAGAAGAACGUAAGUUAAAAGCGAUGAGCAGCGUUGAUACACCGUUGAACAUGGCAACUGCUUUGCAAGAAAGACAAAAGGCUAGUGGAAGUGCACAUGUGGUUCUGUCUGUUGGUAACAGAGCCAUGGUACCAAACGAUGCAAGAACUUCUAAAUCACUUUCUAGUGCUUCAUCAACCAAUAGUCCUAAUAUCAUUACGGUUAAUGGUGGGCUAACGGGUCAAAGUAUGAAUGCGCCAGAGAGAGAAAAGGUAACAUUCGGAUUAAAACGUAAAGCUGAAGCUGAGACUGAAAAACCAUCAAAAAAAUCCAAAGAUGAAUGA